UUUUCUUUCAAAGAGUCGUCUACAAAAGUUUGGUGCUUUAGUACUUUUGUUUUUUUUUUAAUAUUAAUUUUUAUUUGAAGGGGUCAGUAUAGAAAUUCGAGUUUUUUCGACUUGGUCAAAUUACCCAGAAUCGCGUUGUCUCAUGUCGCUUUAAAUUAAUAAUUUUUUCACUUGCUAUUGAGUACUUUUCGUAGAUUUUCCAAUGUGGAAUUACUUGACAGUCGGGGGUAAAAAAACCUUCGAAGACAAAGCCGUGCAGACCAUUAUCCAACGAAAAUGCAAUGGUGAUGCGUGUCUCAAACCCGAGCAAGAGGAACAACUCUUUUACAAACUUCUCGAGUUCACACCAUUCAAAGAUCUUCAAGAAGCAAGCUACAAAAUCAUCAUUUUACCAAAACCCAAACAGGAAGAUAUACCAAAAUCGAUGUAUUUAAACUUGCAAAACUGUCUUUUAAUCGAUGAUGAUGCCAUCAAUGAGUUGUGUCUGGAGUUACGGGAACGUGUCCGAAAAGGGCACGACAAGCAACUGUUAACAUACAAUGACGUCGGAAUUCAAACUGAUUUACAUGUCCAACCCCAUAUUUUAGAGGACGAAAAGGUUGCAAGUGUUGUCGCGGAUUGUGCCGUCCAAACAGUCUCAAAACAUUCCUGCUUGAUGGCAAAGUCAAAGUCAGGAAAAAAAUAAUAGUGUAUCAAGACUGCUCAACUCAAAACGUUAUUUUGUCUGUCAAAAUUCAUUGUAAUUGAUUAAAAAUUCCUGUGUAACUGUUUUGUGUUAUUAAUGGACAAAACUGCACCUUCAAGCAGCUCUGGUGCAACCCCGGAAGACGAGAAAUCAAAAUUUGGGGAAACCAUUUUGAAGAAAUUCAGAUUUUUUCGCACCUUAAAAAACUACGUUCUCUCCAAACUCCGGAAAGAAAAGUACGAUUUAGACGAGUCUCCACCACCUGAAGUCAGUAUUAUUUCCUACGACCAACGUGGUUUCGAAGAUGCAGAAAAAGAACUCGACGGUGAACCCUCCCAAAGUAUUAAAAUCGAUCACAAGCUUUUACAAGCUUUGAAAACUACUUUAAAUUCAAACGUCAAUGACUCUAAUCCAAACUUGGAGCUUCUGGAUAUUGUGGAAAAGACUUUUGCUCGUCAAAUGGACAUUUUUGAGGAACUCCUCAAACACAUCAACUCGAAAAAGGAAUCUGAUAAAAUCAAACUGCAAAAUAAGCUGAAAUCGUCACUGCGUGACAGAUCGCUGGAUUUGAAUUAUAUUAUCAAUAAUUUAGUAACGGAAUUGAACACAAACACGAAUGCGCAAAGAAUUGCUUUAAAUGGUGAUAAUCCGGAAAUAAAGAAACCUGCGAUUGAUUGUGAGUGUCGCCAGCCCGGAGCUAGCGGAGGUGCAGUCUCACGAACAAAAUAAUGUAUCAAAAUUAAAUUAAAAAUUAUUUGCAACAACAAAAUUUUAAAUUACCGACUCGUUUCGCGCGCUUUGUCGAUUUGAUCAAACCGUUGCGAAAUUGUCAGUUUUUGAGUGUGUAAGUGCAGUUAGUGAUAUUUGAAAUAAUUGUGCAUGCAUUAAAUUAGCUCAUUAGCUCGUGAAAAUUGAUAAUAAAUUUAAAUUACCGACCGUUUCACGCGUUUGUAGUUUGGACAAGUCACCGUCAGAUGGCCGCGAGAAUUUGACAGGUAACCAAACAAUCGGGAAAUUGUCAGUUUAUGAGUGAGUCACAGAGAAUAAAACUGCAGUAGUGAUAUUUUGUGUAUAUUUACCUAUUAUUUAUCUACAAAAUGCGUUAAUCAAGCAUUAAAUUAGCUCACGUCACGGUAUUUUACAUAAGACAAACGGAAACCAGCUUACGUGAAAAAUUACCUGACCUUCUUAACUUAUCGUUGCUUAAUUAACGUUAAUUGUUUAAAAAAUGGUGAAUAUUUCGGAAGGGGAUUGAAUUCUGUGAAUUGUGAAAUGGUUUACGUCGACGACGAGGGUGCACCCCCAUUGACAAGAUGAGUAGGGGAUAUUACAACACCGGGGCCCCCUUUCUAUAUUCGGGCGGCGAGGCGGUGAGCCCUGGCAUGGACUGCCUGCAGCUGCGCCAGCCCCCCGGCCCCUUCCACUACCUAAUCAACGAGCAGGCGAAAUCCCUUGUGGCCCUCCAAGAGCUCCAGCAUGAAGUGGGUGCCCUUUUGCAAUUCCGUGAUCUCGUCAUCGAGACAUUUCCCAAUCUUCGGACCAAACUUGCCUCGUCGACACCUGCCACCAUGACUUCAUCGCAUCACAAUUCCAACAUCCCGGUCUCGAUACGUACAGCAGAUUGGACACCAGGAGUCCGUGUACGUAAAAAACUCAAUAGUAAAGAUGAGACAAGACUUGGUAAAAAAGGGGGCGAUAUUGCGGUACAAGACUCUGGAUUUAGUACCGAGACGUCGAGUAAAGAAACACAUAGUGCGUCUUCAACAGCACCACCUGCUGCAGGAAGUCGUAGUUCUUGUGGAUCUUUCAAGUUUGAUGAGACUGAAGAUGAGCUGUGGAACCUCCUCGAUGUGAUCCAUAGAAAAGGGACACGGUUGAAGGAUGAGGUGGAGGCGUUGCAAGGGGCUAUAAGAGAGCAAGGGAAUGAAAAUGAUUUUCAAAGGGUGUUGUUUACGGGAUCUGCGGAUGAUAUCAGACAGUUGCGACAAGAACGUGAUCUCCUUUUGGAUCGUUUGGCUGAAAUGGAAGCUGAAGUUUUGGCCGGAAGAGUGCACACUUCGCGAUUACAAGAAGAUCUAGAAAAUCUCCUAUCGACGAAGCAUGAUUUGGAAGAACAGUUAAAAGCAGUAGUGUCACAAAGAGGUGAAGUGAAUUCACGCAUACAUGACUUACAUUUACAAUUUGUGACUAAAAGUGGAGCUAGUUCGCCGGAUGGUGGUGAUAAAUCCAAGGUGCUAAUAGGUGAUAGUUUGAGUAGAAAAGACUCGACGACUAGUCAAAGGACAAGGAGAAAUAGUGCAUUGGAUCUAGUGCUCGGUGAUAGAAUACCCAAAGUUAAAGUGCCCGAUUCGAAAAAAAUUGCUGCCAUUUUGAAAGAAAACGACCCUUUGGUGCUACAGAAACAUCUCUUGUCGACGACUGUCCAAAAUCAGGUUUUAUAUCAGCAGCUUGACACAGCAGCACGAGUAGAAAUCGGUCUUGCUGAUAAAUUAGACAAGGCACGCGAAGAAAACGAUGAUCUUCGAUUUCAAUUGGAGGACAAAAAUAUAGAAUUAGAAGGAACGCGUGCUCGAGUGCGAAUGCUCGAACAACUCCAAAAGUCGAUAACAACCAACACCUCCCCUGAUGUCAUCCCCGAUCACCCCAUCUCCCGUAGCGAAAUAACAACAGCAAGCAUGAAAGCGAUGAGUCCUCUACCUCUCAACCUCCAAAUGGACCAUUCGAGCAGCACCGAAUCGGCCCACGACCAGGCCGAAACCAACCGCAAGAACCGACGCCCCAGUAAGAUCCCGUUGAAGAGCUACACGGCGCCGAAGCCUCCAGGAGGUAAACACAGUCCCGCACCAGGUGCACGUAGUCGUAGUGGCGAAUCGCCGGGUAGACCGCACUCUGCACAGUCCUGGAGGAACAGGAGCGAAGGGAACAGCUUAUCAGGGAGCAAGAGCAACUCGUCCCUGCCGAAAUCCAGGAACGGGUCGCUCGUUUCCGCCAAGGAUUCGCUUUCCAGCAAGCUUAGAAGUAGCGAUUCGCUUUCCAAACUCUCGUCGAAUAACAAUAGCUUUGGGAGUAAUAGGGGCACCAUGAGGAAGAGCAACACGCCGGUUAAGUGGACCAACAACUCCAAAGACGUUACCGAUAAGAUAAGUUUAAGCUCAGCAAAAGGAAAAUCUCAAUAUCCAUGGACUCUCUCUUCAUAUAACAGCGAUUCUGGUUCACCUUAUCCAGACUCGUUGGAUAGAUCUGUGCAACCGCCAACAAUAGAAACUUCAAGUAGUCACCGUUUUCAAACCGCUAACACAUUUUUAUGGAAUGUGAGCAGUACACAGAGUGAAUUUUACGACAGCAUUGAUUCCAAUAUCACUUCCAGUUUGUAUCAGCAAAACGGUGAGGAUCUUGCAGAAUGUGAUUCGCUUGAAAAGCAGUUAUCAGAUAUAUCCGAUCAGAAAUAAGAUUUCUCUGUGUCUGUAUAUUUACGAACAAAAUAUCUUAAAAUUUUAACUCUAGUAUUAUUUUGCACGUUAAACAUUCCGUAAAAAUACAUCAAGUGCUAGAUUCAAGGGUAAAUUUGACCACACAAAUUUGUAUUUCUUGAAAACCGGUGCUUGCAUUGCACUUAGAUAAUGUCGACCUGUUUGUGAAUUCAAUUAAUUUGGAGACAGGUGGAUCCUGUUUUACUUUUAUUGUAUUGCAUGAUAUUUUAGUAUUUUAACUGUCUUGUAAAUUAAACAAUAAGCUAUCUUUUUAAAUAGUUAUAAUUUAUCUCUUUUUAUUAGUUUUUUAUUUUUUCUCUUGUUAUAUUUGCUGUGUAGGACUGUGAUAGGUAAUAUUCUGAAGAACUAUUGGAAGAAGUGGCAAUUUAUACCUAAAUUUAAGUUCCUUCAAGGUGAAUCUUUUAAUAUCCUCACUAACUUUUCAGUUUUAAACGGUAUUUAUUAUUUAUUUCAGUUUUAAAAUCGAUUGAGGAGUAUUUAUUAAUUUUAAGGAAAUUUUAGUGAGGGAUGUUUAUUGUAAAUUCAAAUAUCAUAAGAAGGUGUAAACACAACGAUCAUCAUGUAUCAGUGUUGUAAUAAUUGUUUUCAAAUGUAAAGACUGUCUUACUAACUGAUAUUAACAGUCUAAAGCCACAUAAUUUGUGAUAUAUUAGAGUGCUCAUUCACAAGCGUAGCUAUUUCAAUAAGUGUAAAUGGUCAUUCAAAUUAUUAUAAGAACUAUUAAAUUACCAUUUAUGGAAGCAGAUUUAUAAAAUGGCAAUUUGUUUUUUUUAAUUUUGUUAUAGCGUUUUUAUAUUUGACUGAUAUUCAUUUUAUAAAUCUGCAGUUAGGCAAAAGUAUUGUAAAUAGUUUCUGUUUAUAUGAAUAUAAACCAUU